AGGGGAAUAUUCAUUCAAUGAAUACGACAUUGAAAAACAUGAUUGAUGAACCGAUCAAAGGUGGGUCGACAAAAAUUCAUCAUCUUUGCUUUAAUACGAGAAUAUCAAACAACAAGGUGAAUUGCUAUUGUUUUUGGGGACGUGCCAUGGCAGUGACUUUUGCUAUUGGAAUCGCAUGGGUGAUCCUAGAGACAAAGAAACUCGUAAAAUGGUGGAAACGUUCACAAAACUCAUUACAACUUUUGCUGAAAAAGGAGAUCCAAAUUAUGAAAAUUGUUUGGUUAAGUGGAAACCAUGCACACUAGAGGAGCCAUGUCAUCUGAGCAUAAAUCAGCCUAUGGUAAUGGUUGAUGGUAAAUUGAACAACGACAGGUUGGAAUUUUGGGAACGAAUACAGGAGAAAUACAAAGCCAAAGAGUGAUUGUGAUAAUGCGUGCAUUUUUCUUCUAAAAUAUGGUCAAUGUAAAAUAUAAAAUUGUAUCCCCCUCAUUUCACUAUAAGGUUAUUUUUUGAAAAAAAUAUUUACUGUAUUUAAUAAGAUGACCUAUAAUUUGUAACAAGGCAUCUUUCAACUCCAAAAGAAUAAGUAGGUAGUCGAACAAAAGCAAUGUUGCCACAGCAAAACUCGACGAAGAGAAAUUCCAUCAAUUCAUUUUUUGUACUUAUAUCUAUCUAUACUUAGCAAGUAACAAGCAAUUUUUCCACACACGAACUUUUAUUACCAACACGAGGCCAAAAAAAAAGUAUGUACAAAUUGAAAGUCACGCUUUCUGACACAAUUAUUUUCCUUGAAUCCAAGUAUAAGCGUGCGUAAAAUGCAAUGUUGCUGACCAUUAUCACGACGAGUCAACCAGCGAGAACCAGAACAUGCUUUGUGCCACCUUAAGUCUAAAGUAAUCAGGAACGUACACCGCAUGACGUAAAAUGUAAACUUUUUUUCGUUAGCUCAUAGGAACAGGGUUUUAAAAUACUUCGAAUUACCUGCUCAUAGCAAAUUUUGAGGCAGUGUUAUUUUUAUUCGUGCGACUAAUUUUUUUUUUUUUUUGAAAAUGUCUGAAAAUACGAUUAUAACCGUAAAUGAAGGCCGAAUUCGAGGAAUUAAAAAAUUCUCCAAGUUUUCAAAAACAGAAUACUAUUCUUUUUUUGGAAUAAGGUACGGAAACCCACCUGUAGGCAUUCUUCGAUUUCAGGAUCCGGUGAAAACUACCCCAUGGACGGAUAUUCUUGACGCGACGAGUGAAAAAGAAGGUUGUAUUCAAUUCUCAAUGCUGACUCACAAAUUUUUGGGAGCAGAAGAUUGUUUAUUUAAUAAUAUCCACAUACCGAAGAUACCUCAAAAAAACGAAGCUCUCAGGCCAGUAAUUGUCAACAUUCAUCCAGGAGCAUACAGAUUUGGUUCUCCACAUACGAGUUUUUACGGAUCACCCGAAUUCAUCAUGCAUACCGAUGUCGUAUAUGUUUGUAUUUCAUACAGAUUACAUAUUUUGGGAUACCUGAAUUUGAAUUUAGAGGAAUGUUCGGGCAAUCAAGCCCUUAAAGAUAUAGUUCUAUCGUUGCAAUGGAUCAAAAACAAUAUACGAUCAUUCGGAGGCGAUCCAGAUAAUAUAACAUUGCUUGGAAGUAGCAGUGGAUCAACACUUACACAGAUGUUACUCUUAUCACCUUCAACUCAAGGGAAAGGUCUCUUCCAUAAAGCUGUAUUAAUGGGUGGACACUUGACCAAUCCCGUAUUACCUCAUCAAAAAACAAAUGAAAUUCACGCACGCGAAAUAGCAAAAACUUUUGGUUAUGAUGGAAAUGUUCUAGAUAAUGAAAAAGUAUUAAUGUUCUUAAGAAAGCAAAAACCUCUAUCAUUGAUUGAAGGAUUUAGACGCUGUGAGAAGAAUUUACAUCAGAGCAUAGCACCAGUCAUUCCAAUUUGUGUAUUUAAUCCAUCACUCGACCAAAAUGGAAUUUUACCAGACAUGCCUAAAAACUUGAUCGAAUCAAUGGCACGAAUACCAAUCAUGAUUGGAUUUUCGCAAAUCGAAUCAAUUAUGGGCUUUGUUCGAGGUCUUAGACCAUUAACAGAGAAAAACUUCAAAGGUUCUCUUCGUCAGAAUUACUUUGGUUGGGGAUAUCAUCUCAGCGACGAGGACAUUGAAUCAAUUUACAAAGAAGUGGAAGAAUUUUAUCUCAAUGGUCAACCACUUGAAGAAGCACUCUUAUCCACCAAAAUGGAUAUCCAGACUGAUAUAGCGCUAUCUGAUAUCUAUGAAACAAUCAUAAAUCCACUAUCAAAAGAUCCAUCUUCAUCAGUAUUCGUUUAUAAAUUUGAGUUUGAGGGAAAUAUCUUUUCUAGUAACACCUCAAUAAAGGACAAAAUUGAUGAACCAAUCAAAGGAACUUGUCACGCUAGUGAUUUCUGCUAUUGGAAUCAUUUCGGAGACCCACGGGAUGAAGAUGCUCGCAAAAUGGUGGAAACUUUUACGAGACUAGUAACUACAUUUGCAAGAAAAGGAGACCCAAAUUAUGAAAAUUUGCCUUUCAAGUGGAGAUCUUCAGUCCCAGAUAAGCCAUGUUAUUUGAAUAUAAGCAACUCACUGACGAUGGUCGAUGGUAAAUUGAACAAUGACAGAAUGGAAUUUUGGGAAAGGAUACAAAAAAAAUACGAAAUUGGAUUAUGAUAAUUAACAAAGAUUUGCACUUUUUUCGAUGUUGUAUUUCUAAAAAAAUAUACCUGAU